ACAAGUGGCUGUCGGCCUAGCGAGAGCAAAGCAAGGGAAGUAUUCUGGCGUUACAGAAUGUUUAGUUACAGUCUGUAACUAAAAAAACAGACAAAGAUGCCUUCUCAGGAAAGGAAACCUAUGUUCUUGAGCUGCAUAACACACAGCCGGGAGGAUUUAAGAAGAGCAAAGCCCAUUGCAGCUUGGAACCAAGAUAGAUUUAUAUCCCAGAUUUGCUUCAUGAUUAACCACUCCUCCUGGGGGAAACAGUGUUGCCUUGGAAAAAGAGAAAAUCAGUAUGGAGCUCAUGCUUGGGAAACAUGCAGAAUUGUUCAGUAUAAUAAAGCAGCAAAGAAAGAGUCAAGCUUGACAAAGGACUCUCUGCCAUCCCAAAAUACAAAAACGAUUUCAUCUAUACUCAUUUCACAGAUGAUUGAUGAGAAUAAAUCAAAAGAAAGUAUGGCUGCUUUCCCUAUGCGGUCUGUAAUCAACCAGUCUGAUGCUUAUCACAUGAACCAAUCUUUGGCUAAUCAUAGCUCAGUCAACGUUAAUAGAGCAUUCAUAUUGCUUCCCAGAAGAUUAGGAAUUCAAAUAUCUUCAGAUGACAACAUAUUUGGAACAGACUCUGAUAGCAAAGAGGAAAAACAAUGUCAUAAGCGGAAGAAAGGUUUUGCUUCCAUCACCAUUACUGCCAGACGAGUCGUUUCGCCUCCUAAGAGUAAACUACAGGUGGAUGCUUCCAGCCCUUCUUGCUUGAAAUGCCAGGGAAGUAAGCUGCUCCUGAACCGUGUUUCUGCUUCAAGUGUAAUUAGGCUAGAUCAGCUCUGUGGACCUUUGCACGCUCAAGGAUGUUGUCGAAUUCAAAAUGCCACCGAAAUAAAGGACUCUGAACUUUGUCCACAGCUUUGCAAGGAGCAAUGCAGCUUGAAUUCUAGCCCUAAUAACAAAGAGAACAGAAUGAUCCCCCCAGGAAACAGCCAUCACAAAGAAGCACCCAUUUCCUUCACUUCGAGUGUUCACCUCAGUAUUUCCCAGCAGUGCCCAAGUACAAUAUAUUAUGUAGACAAGUCUCUCUCAGUGCCUGUGGGUCAGCCUCAGACUAAGAACCAAAAAAUGCAUAGGUCAGUUGUGUCUUUCAAUAUAAAUUGUAGUUCUCCCACUUUAACGCCAGAUGGAGUGGAUGGUUUAGCUAAUGGAAAGCUAAUCACACAAGUACUUAAGACCAGGCUCCCAGAGGAUAGCAAGACACCGCUGAAAGCAAUUUGGAAUGCAGAUCUCACAGAGACCGGCUGGGAUAAAAAACAGACGUUGGAAACGGAAUCUUUAGGGACUGCGUAUCUCUGGAAAGGUACCUCCCCAUCUAAAACUCUGUCAGUUGUGGAUAGCCCUCAAGGACUUGAUAAUCCAAGGCCAACAAAGAGUAAUGAAGUAAAUUCAGGGGACAAUCACAUUGCUUUGUCUCCCCACAUUCCCCACUGGACGUACAGCGAAGGCGCACAAGAAUUCUCAGGAAGCAACAGAAAACAGUGCACAAGAGACAAAUACCAUGAAACUGCACCUGCCUCCUUUCUGCAGCAAACAUCCAAGAAAGAAUUCACGGCGGAAGGCAGGAUUUCUUCGAAAGACCAACAUCUACCCAAAGGCACUUCAGAGUCCAAAGAGAGUCUGGCCCAAAGUUUUCCAAAAUCAAAAAUAUCUAUUUCUGAUCAUGGGUGCUAUAUCAAGUCUUUAUCAAAACCAGCAUGGGGUGAAAAUGAUAUCCACAGGAAAGAUCCAUUCCCUAAAGGUGAUUAUAAAUUCUGUGGCUCAGUUAUCAAAUUGAAGAAGCAUAAGAAAAGUGAGAAGAAUGAGACGGUCGGCAGGGUAACAACCUCCACAGCUCAUGAACCAGAUGUUCCUCAUGAGAAAUAUGACGCCUUCCAGCAGCCAAGGAUCUGCUCUGAGCCUGAGAAAAUUCCUGCAAACCCACUGACUCUCAGGGAGGCUCUGGAAGUUCACAAGCCUCACUUUAUUUCCCACUCACAAGAACGGCUGAAGAAACUUGAGCACAUGGUACAAUUGAGGAAAGCCCAGCAGGGUGAUGCUUCAGAAAAGAAACAAGGAGCUGUUCUUUCUUGCAAGCUUUCUUCCUCGUCCAUUACAAGUAAGAAGAAACAAUUUACAGUUCCUCAUCCUCUGAGUGAUAACCUGUUCAAGCCAAAGGAACGGUUCAUUUCAGAAAAGGAGAUGCAUAUGCGAUCAAAAAGGAUUUAUAAUAAUCUGCCUGAAGUGAGGAAGAAACAAGAAGAGAAACAGAAACGGGUCAUUUUGCAGAGCAAUCGGAUGCGGGUUGAAGUGUUCAAAAAGCAAUUACUGGACCAGCUCCUUCAAAGAAAUACAGAAUGACUAAAGGUUCCUGGGCACAUAAAUUCUUCUUGGACCAUGAACGCCUUUGAUAAUUAAAAAGCCAUACAAACUUAGCAUGAUCUUAAUAACAUGGAGAAUGUAUUUGUUUUAACUCUUUAAACAAAGAAGCUACCUUGAUUUUUUUCAAAAUAAAGUCUUAAGUGAUUCUGGAAAAUCACUAGAUUAUAUUCCAAUGGCCAUAAGCCAUGGAA